GAAUAUCAUUGUACACACACCAAAUCUUAGAGCCCGAGGCUAGGAAACCCUGACAUUCUCUAAGUUCCAAAGAAUACUUGGGUUGCCUUUAUAACAGAAAAAUAUUCCAUGCUUUGUAAAGUUGAAAGUAUCUACAGUUUCAGUGUUUUUGCUAGGAUUGAGUUGGACAUCCUCAAUGAGAGCAUUACACUAGAGGAAGUACCUGAGCAUUUUUUGUUUACAUUUAAAAAUUACAUAUACUAUUCCUUGUUAGAUAUAAAAUUUGAAAACCUUUUUCUCAAGGGUUUGUGGAAAAUAAAUUACCCAUGUAUAAGAGAGUAUAUUUUCUGAAUGCUCUAUUUGGAUGUGCUGAGAUAUAUCCCUAUCUUCAAGGGUGCACAUGAACUCAAUAAUGUAAUUCUAAAAUCUGCUCCUGUAUCAUAAGGAUGUUUUCUUAAGAAAAAACAAAAAGAAAGAAAGAAAGAAAGAAAGAAAGAAAGAAAGAAAGAAAGAAAGAAAGAAAGAAACCAACAUAUGUGUGAGAGAAAUUUUUAGUUUGACUUCAUUGUUCAUGCCUUGGAAAUCACUAUUCUGGUUUAAAAACAGACAUUCUCAAAGCUAUGAGUAAUCUCUCAAUAGUGACUCAGUUUAUCCUUCUGGGAAUCCCCCACACAGAGGGUGUGGAGACCAUGCUCUUUGUCCUAUUUUUGUCUUUCUACAUCUUUACCCUAGUUGGAAAUGUGCUCAUUCUUCUCACUAUUGUCUCCUCCAAUCGGCUUCACACACCCAUGUACUUCUUCCUGUGCCAGCUGUCAGUGUGUGACAUAUUUUUCCCUUCUGUGAGCUCUCCCAAAAUGCUGUUCUACCUCUCAGGAAAUAGCAGAGCCAUCUCCUAUGCAGGCUGUGUGUGCCAGCUCUUCUUCUACCAUUUUCUUGGUUGUACUGAGUGUUUCUUGUACACAGUGAUGGCCUAUGACCGUUUUAUUGCCAUAUGCUUCCCUCUAAGGUACUCAAUAAUCAUGAACCACAGGGUAUGUGCCAUUUUGGCCGUGGGGACAUUAUUUUUUGGCUGUAUUCAAGCUACUUUUCUGACUGCUCUUACCUUCCAGUUGCCCUAUUGUGGGCCCAAUGAGGUGGAAUAUUAUUUCUGUGAUAUCCCUGUGAUGCUAAAGCUGGCUUGUGCAGACACAUCAGCACUGGAGAUGGUGGGGCUCAUCAGUGUGGGCCUGAUGCCCCUUAGCUGCUUCCUCCUCAUCCUCACCUCUUACAGCUUCAUCCUUUGCUCUAUUCUGCAGAUCCGCUCUACUGAGGGGCGGCACAGAGCCUUCUCUACUUGCAGUGCCCAUCUUGCUGCCAUCCUCCUUGCCUUCAUGCCAGUGGUCCUCAUAUACCUCCAGCCUACCCCAAAUCCCUGGCUCAAUGCAGCUGUUCAGGUCUUGAAUAACCUCGUGACACCUAUGCUGAAUCCUUUGAUCUAUAGCCUCAGAAAUAAGGAAGUAAAAUGUUCUCUAAAGAAAGUGCUACAGCAAGCGCUUAUUCUGUCUAAAAGGAGAUAGAGAAAGGCUUAGAUGCUAAUACUUUAAUAAUACUAUAGCUUCUUCAAAACACAUUUUGUGCAAUGGAUAACACAAAUGUCACCACUGCUUUGAAAUAUUGAAGCUUAAGGGCAAUUAACUCAUGAUGAACUAAUAAAUUAUUUGUUCAGCAAGGACUAUCUCUUUCCAAUUGGCAGAAUAUCUGGCAAUUUCCAUUGUAUGGCUUAUGCUCUUAUCUCUACAAUUGUAUUUUUCCCUUUCAUUUAUUUUUUCAUCACCGUAUAAUUUUCUUGUUAUUUCUCCAAACGUCUGAAAUAAAUCAGCUUUCAUUUC